AUUUAAAUGCAAUUCGGCUUGAUAGUAAUGGUGUUAUGGAGAAUAGGAAAAAGGAUAUGGGGGUUGCGAUGGGGAUGAGGACGGUAUACUUUGUGUGUUGGGAAUUGUUAGUAUUUUAGUAGGAGCCACAUCAAGACCUGUUUAUGUCGCUGCUGCAGAUAUUGCGAAAGCGAAUUGCUGUGUGAUUGGGUGGCAAGAGUAUGAAGAAGCGCCAGUGGUGUUGGCGGUGUGAUAUGGAAGCUGCUAUAUCUGAACUGAACACUGAACACCCCAAGGAUGGCAGUUUUAAUGUGUACGGGGUUGCAAAAGGAGGUGGAUGGCGGAUGGAUAUAAGUUAAAUGUUCUGUGUAUGCUGAAACAACAUAAUAAAACAAGGAUGGUGAGGCAGGGAAACAUGGAACAACGACAACGAUGCAAGGAACGACACUACGACGCUAGCUGAUGGUUGAUUGUAGAAUUGCAGGCAGAGGUAUAAGAGUGAAGGAUCAAAACCAACCUAGGACGAUGUGGAUGUGGAAGAAGGAGUAGGGUCAUUGUGCAUAGAAACAAAAAAAAAAACAUUUUGAGGCUGCUCUGAAGGAGAAACAACAAGUUGUAACGUCAGCAACGACAACGGCAACGGCAAGGCGCUUUUGGGUUGAGUGUUGUGUGUUUGAUGCUGGUGUUGAUGGUGGUGUAGGAAUCUGCACAUACUAUGCAACGGAACUUCUGCUGAAAACCCUGUUUGUGCAGAGCAAAGUCCCACAGUCCUUUCUUAACUUCUUCGUGUCAGUUUUUCCUCCUUGUUUUUUUGCUUUUUUUAUGUGGUUCUAUUUUCCUUUUUUAUUGCCAUUUUUGUUGUGAACUAUGUUUUCCUAUAUUUUCUUUUUUUGUAUUCGUAUACUGGAAAUUGUGCAUUUCUAUAGUUAUGGAAAACUACAACACUACUGCAUUGUGUUAUUGCUUCGGUAUUGUGAAAACGGCAACGAAUCCCCUUUUAUCGCGCAACGAGUUGGCUCGGCUUGUAGUUUAGUUUAUUGGUUAACAGCUUUCUAAAAGGAACAUCAAUUUAUAUAAACAAAACAAAAUAAAUAUUUGCAUAAUUUUUCAAAAAUACUAACAAACAAAAAAAUAAAAAAAUAUAAAUUCUUUUAUAUUUAAAUAUAAAUAAAUUUGUUGUGAAUUUGGUGUUACCAAGUUAAUUGUAAUAAUCACAUCCCUUCUGCACCUCACCUAUAAGGCCACCACUUUCCUUCCCUUUCCUUCCAUUUCACAUUAACUCCCUGACCCUUCCAAUGUGACGAUGCUUUUACGUGGAUUUGUAAGCAGGAUUCCUUUUAUUGUCGCUGAUUUCUCGCCAUAGCCAUGCUGCAGGAUUUUUAAACUGUGUAUAAGAAAUAACAAAGCAAAUCAAUAAAUACUCAAAACUUACAAGAAAUUCGAAAACAUCCACAUACCUAUGUAAAAUAUUUCUGUAGUUAAAAUUCGGAUUUAUGUCUUUAGCUUAUAAUUUACUGUUUUUUUUUUUUUUGAAUUUUUCAAUUAAUACAUUUACAUAAAACUUCAGCGCCAAUUUAUUUUAAUUUUAACUGUGUUGGAAGUGAUGUUAAAUUUAAAAAUUAAUUAAAAUUUAAAAUAAUCUCGAACUUUCUUAUAAUUACAUUUUAAUUGCAACUCUUGUGAGAAAAAAGUUGUUUCAAUGGAAACGAUAUCAAGUCGAAUCCGAGGAGAGAACACGGAAUGAAACUUAUGAAUUGGACACAACAUCAACAAAUUCUUUUAAAAUAUAAGACAAAAUCACAGAAAAAGAAGUAUCAAUCAAGACCUUCACAUAUUUAUAGCAAUCAGUCAUAUCUAUAUUAUAGAAGAGGAUUAUUUCGAAAUCACUUUAAUAGACGGCAAAAGCAACGAAAUUUCCAUCUUAAACAAAAAUUCAACCAAAGAAGCUACAAAGUACUUACUUCUACAUCAUUAUCAACAACAUCAACAUCAGAUCCUAGAUUAUUUUUAUCAAAAGCAAUAACUCCGUAUUGUUUCAAUUUGACUAGAGAGCAGUUCAAAAUUAAACUUCAGGAAUUACAAGAACGCUUGCAAUUAAAUAUUUUGCAGAUAAACCAUUUUCUCAGGCUGCAGCAGCAACAUCAACUUGAAACAGAACUUAUCAAAAGCGAACGAAAAUCUGCGAACACGGCUUCUUCGAUUAACACUAAUCAAUCAAAUCUGGAAUCCAAAAAAGAAAAUAGCAAAACAAAUCAAUGUUUUUUUAAAACAGAAAUAGAUACAGAUACAAUUAAAAACGAAGUCGAGCAAUAUGAAGAUGGUUCCAACAACAGCCAAAGUUAUGCAACUGGAAUUGAAACUGAAAAUUUGUAUCGUAGAAGUCUUAUGGAUUAUGAUAAUGAAUUUAAGGAUUUUGAAAAAAGCUUAGACAGAAAUUUGUAUUACCAACAGCAACAACAAAAUCAGUUUCCAUUUCAAAUCCUGACUCACGGUCAUCACCACCAUCUGUCGGACUCACGGACAAGCCAUUCCACUAUGCAAUUGCAACAUCACUUGAGCAUACAACAGCAGGAGCUAAUUCAGCAGCUGCAGUUGGUACAAAGGCAGUACUUAAUACACCAAGGCUUUGGCAAACCUCUGCAACUAGAUUUGCAAUCACAAAUUCAUCGAUCAAUGUCACCAAUUAAUUCCAUGUCAGCAAUUGUUCAAAACCAUCACAACAAUCAAAAUAUCUCCCAUAAUCAGCACUCUAAUCACACCCACCAUCAACAGCAACAACAUCAACAUCACCAACAACAACAGCAGCAACAUCAGCAUCAGCAUCACCAACAACAACAGCAGCAGCAGCAACAUCAACAUCAACAGCAACAUCAACAACACCAGCAGCACCAGCAACAUCAACAGCAGCAACCGCAACAACAGACACAGAAACAUCAGCAAGUGACGUCGAAUCUCCUACAACAACAUUCUAGUCAAGUAGUACAUCAUUCGCAUUCAUCGCAUCUGGCAAAUCAACAACUCCACCAUCAUCAUCACCAUCAAAAUCGUACUCAACAACAAGAACAACAGCUCUCACCGAAAUCAUCAACAUCGUCGAAUCAACAAAAUAACUCUAUUGACGAUUUGAGUAUGAUGAUAAUAAAUCCUCUCGAAGAUAAACAAAGAUUAUCACCGCAUCCUAAUGAGGUUAGGAGUCCUGCUUCAUUGAACAACCACCUAAACAAUAACUGUCAAACGGCUUCCAACAACAACAUUACUAAUAUUGGCAAUAUUACCCACGAAUCUGACAGUAUCACAAAGUGCAAAAGCAGCGUGAGUGAUGAUUUUGUUCGUUGCAGUAGUCCUCCAGACAUAAAAUCUGACAUCGAUAGCGAUCAGCAACAUACGCCUUCUAGUACGGGGCAUGCCAUCUCUACUAUUCCCGGAAAUGGUGACUCUACGUGGUCAACGGAAACAAUAAAUAGCGAUAUUAUUGCCCCAAGGUUCGUGUCAUCUCCCCUCCAACAACUUCAACAUCCGCAUCAAGAUGGAAACCAUUUGGGCGGGAGCAGUGUAGGAUGCAUGGUAGGAUUAGGUGGAAUUAUUGAUGCCAUUGGCCACAUGGGUGCCGGCGGAAAUCCUGCACAAAGAAACCACCUUAUCGACGAGUACAAUACAAAAAAGUAUUACCAUCCGUUGUACGCUCACGGAGUGUGCCGUUGGCCUGGUUGUGAAUUAGUUUUAGAUGAUGUGGCGUCCUUUAUUAAGCAUCUUAACACUGAACACUGCUUGGAUGACCGCUCAACGGCACAAGCACGUGUUCAAAUGCAAGUUGUAUCUCAACUUGAAAUUCAUUUGCAAAAAGAACGCGAUCGCUUGCAAGCUAUGAUGCAUCACUUAUACAUGGCAAAGCAGUUUUUAUCACCUGAAAAACGGGACUGCAAGCAAGAAAAUGAUGGACUAUAUAAUAUACCAUGUCCACCGAAUUUACAAAAUCCUGUCUUGCCAGUAUCAAUCAGCUCACCAAUGUUAAAUAACUCAAACAUAUCAUCAAUUAGGAAAAGAAUUAGCGACAAAAAUCCAUUAUCAAUAGCGGGUGGUCUUCCUUACAUGUUGGAACGAGCUGGCCUUGAUGUACAACAAGAAAUACAACGAAAUCGUGAAUUUUAUAAAAAUGCAGAUGUUCGUCCUCCUUUUACAUAUGCAUCUUUAAUAAGACAAUCUAUUAUUGAGUCACCAGAUAAGCAACUAACUCUCAAUGAAAUAUACAAUUGGUUUCAAAAUACAUUUUGCUAUUUUCGACGAAAUGCAGCAACCUGGAAGAAUGCAGUUCGACAUAACUUAUCGCUACAUAAAUGUUUCAUGCGAGUUGAAAAUGUAAAGGGUGCGGUUUGGACAGUUGACGAAAUAGAAUUUUAUAAGAGACGACCUCAAAGGUCGAUUGCAGCUGCGGCAGCUAUUACUGGAAAUCCUAAUUUUGGAAUGCCAUUCGAACAAAUUUAUCUCUGCAUAAAUGUUUUGUGCGUUACGAAGACGAUUUUGGAUCAUUUUGGAUGGUCGAUGACAAUGAGUUUGUUAAGCGACGUCAUCUGUCAAGAGGCAAUGGGCAAUGACAAUAGCGACAUGACUGACAUUGGCGCCGGGGGAAGCAGCAGUAGAAUUGAUGGCAGAUCUUCCUCUUCAACAAGCGAUCGCGACCAUGAUCGGGAUCGGGAUUUGUGUCGAAAAAAUAUCAGCGAAAUUGGUACUGGUGGUAAUGGAUGUAUAAAUGACAAUGGCAGUGGAAUCGGUAGGACAGGAAAUAGAUAUAAUUUGAUUGGUGGUGGAUUUUUACCAUGCAACUAUCAGUCGCAAAGUGCAUCUCACGAAUCAAUGUCGAGUUCUCCUACUUAUGGGAAUGGAAAUUUUUCACCAAGCUUACAGAACAUCUGGGCAUGUCCACCUGUGUCGUUAGAAGAAGCAGCUGCAUUGACUGUUAAUGCACAGCUGCUCCGGCAAAAUCACGAGAACUAUCGAAAUUUUAAUUUACAGAGAUCACUGCACGACAACAACAACGACCCAAGAUCGUUGCAACUUCAGCAAAACAACACAGUACAUUGUAAUCAGUUUAUAUCGACAUCCGAUAAAAUUCUUCUAUCGAACUUGGAACGAAGAUGUCGAAGUGCAUUAAAUAACAGCUCGAAUAGCAUUUUUGCUUUGGCCAAAAACUUAGAACAACACCAUCAAUUGCAGCAGCAGCUUCACAACCAACAAUCAGAGUCUGAAAUUUUAUUAGAACAUGUUACUAAAAGUCAAAGCAAAGACAUGGAGCUUAGUGGACUUGAUAUCAAAGCUGCACCGGAAGAUCUAUCUACGAAUUCUAUGGAGGCUAUGAAAUAGUUCAUAGGUGUAAGGUUCCUGAAUUUUUAAGACACACAAUUUAAAAAUUUGUUUUUGUUGCAAAUGAAACUGGCCUUUUAUUCAGUAGUUAUUUUGUCAUACUAAAAAAAUCAGACCAUUCAACACAGGUGUUAACGCACUCUAUGAACUUUAUUACGUACCUUAUGAGUUAUACGAAUGAAAAUCUUAAGUUCACAAAACCGACUACUUUCUUUUUAAGGCAGAAUAUUAUGAUUUUGACAUCCGAUUUGAACUUCGUACAUACGUACGUACAUAUAUAAAGUCCGUUUCCUUCAUAUCACACUAUUCGUAUAUAAAUAAAAUGACCGACAUUAAGCUAUCGAAAGUAGAUAUUUCUAAAAAAGUUCUUUUUGAGUUUUUUAAAUUGUGUUUGACAAAGCUGUUUGCUGUUUUUUUCACUUGAUUUUUCACAACUGUUAUAGUUUCUUUUCACAAAAAAAAUCUUAACGGAAAAUGCUUACGGAGCUUUAGGUAAAAUGUCCUUACAAUUCGUGUCAACAAAAUUAACAAUGGGCAGAUUCAGACAACAUAAGUGUAAAAACUACCAAAUAAUAAUUGUCUCCAAAACACUCCUAAGACAAGCUGGAAUUACAGCACCACCUGAAGUUCAUAUUUUAAAAAUAUAUUUCUUAUUCCUUUUCUAAUUCGACAAGGAACACUUUUACAUAAAACAUCAAAUUGAAUUUUGCAUAAGAUAAAUAAACCACAGAGUAAUAAAGUUCAGCUUUCAGUUGAAUGAAAAAUUAUGAUUAUCUGCCAUUUUGACAUAAGUGGGAUUGGCUUGAUAGUUAGAGAAUUUUUUCUUGGCUAACUUUCCAGUCAACUUUCCAAUAAAGUUAAUUUAAUUGGAAGGCAAUUUUUUGGCAGCUAGCUAAAAAAAACUUACUUUCAAGUCCCAUAUGUCGUCUGAAUGUUCCCAAUGUCUUAGUUAGAUACAUAACUUGAAUGAAGUCAUUCCACAUCAUAUUUUUAUUACUUCAUUGUUUUUAUUUUUUUAACUUAUUGUAGUUUCAACCACCGAAAAACUAAUCUAAUCAAAAAUCUCAAAUUGACAACAGAAAAGCCAGUUGUAAAUAAAUUUAAGAAAAAUAUAGUCUCAUCAUUAACUAUGUAUUCCAUUAAAAGUAUUCAAUUCUAGGAAAAUAAACCCCUUAAUACAUAAAACAUUAAUUUAGAGUAAUAUUCAAAAACCAAAAAAAGGAAAACAAAAGCACUGUUUGUUUUUUAAGAUAAGAAAGAAACAAUAUUUUGUUCAUAAUGGUGCUUCGUUUAGAAGUUAUAAAAUAACAAUUCGAAAAUAAUAUAACUUUAAGCACACUAAACAAAAAUCAUUAAAAUUAUGUGGCUAUAUUUAAAAACUGUACGUAAAAAUAAAAGUAUGUCAUAAUUAAACUUAAAAACGAAAAUACUUAAGAAUAGUAUCUAUACUUGGAAAAAGUUUUAACAAUUUUAUUGUAUGUUAGCACUUAAAAAUAAAUAAUAAAACUAUAAUUAAUAUAAGAAAUUUUAACUGAAUUUCUGACAAGCUUGUAUUAAAUAAAUAAAUAUAUAGUAAAAGUAAAAGGCAAUGUGGAUAGAUAUAAUUAAUAAAACAAAGUAUUAGGUACAUUACGGAAUAACAAAACAAAGCCAUCUAUCCCAGAUUACUUAUAAACGAUUAUUUUUGUUCCUUAAUACUCGUAUAUGUAUAUGUAUACAAUACUUUAAUUUGUUAAACAUUUUUGUUUUAAAUUAUUAUUAGGUACACAGAAAUAUAGUACACAUACAAUCUUUAGUUAAAUUAAAAUUAUUAUAUUUAUAAGUGACAUUUUUUUCAUGAAAAAAAAACUAAUUAACAAAAAAACAUUAACUUACAAAAACAUAAAACAUUUUAAAAGAAAAAAAUAAAUAAAUG